CCAAUAUGACUGCGCUCUUGAGUAGGACGAUUUGGUGCUCUCUGUCGAGAUCUUUCCUUAGAAAUUCUCACAGAUCGGGAAUCGAUGCACAUCACCUCACCAAGAAACAGAGCCAGUGGUUACCGCAGCAGUCGCUCCUGCACACCAUUGGAGGAGUCAGGGCGCAUCUCAGCGGGUCAAGGGUCGGACGACAUCACCAUGGAAGGUUGCUAUUGGUCAGCGCCGUGUCAGUCAGGAACGGUAGCUCCCAGAUUUCGGUUGAAAUGGUUUCCACCCCAGACCCGGCCCAGGAUACACCCGCCCCCCACUUUGAUUCUGGCCUCGGCAUUGUGCCUGACCACACCUCUGCACUCUCACAGCCAAUCACUGAGCAGGUAGCAGAGGCUGCCCCUACGGCACUGGAUGUGCUGCAGGGGGUGGGGCCUGAGCUCAGCCUAUCGGAGCUGGGCUUGGGGAGCUACACCCCAGUGGGGCUGGUUCAGAACGUGCUGGAGUUCAUGCAUGUAGACGUCGGGCUUCCCUGGUGGGGAGCCAUCGUUGCUGGCACGGUGCUGGCCCGGUGUGCGGUGUUACCGGUCAUAGUGAAGGGGCAGCGGGAAGCUGCCAAACUUAACAACGUGCUGCCAGAGAUCACCAAAAUCACCCACCGUCUGAACGAGGCCAAGCGCAGCGGCAACCAGCUCGAGUUCGCUAAGGCAUCCUCCGACAUGAUGCUGUUCCAGAAGGAGCACGAUGUGAACCCACUGCGCGGGUUUCUGGUGCCUCUGGUGCAGCUGCCCGUCUUCAUCUCCUUCUUCAUCGCCCUCAGGAAUAUGUCCUGCCUCCCAGUUCCCAGCAUGCAAAGCGGGGGACUGUGGUGGUUCCCUGACCUCACUGUGGCCGAUCCCUUCUACAUCCUUCCCCUGGCAGUGACCGGGACCAUGUUUGCUGUUCUGGAGUUAGGGGCGGAGUCGGGAGUUAAUAACCCAAACAUGCAAAUGAUGAAGACAGUCUUGAGGAUCAUGCCCUUUGUCGUCUUCCCCAUCACCAUCAACUUCCCCACGGCUGUGUUCACCUACUGGUUGACCUCUAACGUCUUCUCGCUGGGUCAGGUGGCCCUGCUGAGACACCCGGCGGUCAGACAGAGGCUGAACAUCCCUGAGCGGGUCACCCACCCACCCGCCGCCUCGCCAGAUGCUGUCACACCACCCCCUGAGGGCUUCAUCAAGAGCUUCAAGACCGCGUGGAAGAACGCUCAGCUCGCUGGACAGCUAGAGGAAAGGAAUAAGAGGGUCAAGGACCACCUGGACAUUGCUGCCAGGGGCCCUGUCAGCCCGACCUUCUCCCACAGUCCCUUGCAGCAGAAAACACUCCCCAGUGUGACAGAUAAACCAGCCAAUCCUGAGUCCCCUGUAGCACCAGUGAGCAGGAAGAAGUCAUGGGAGGAGACGAUUGGAUAGGAGGCAGCCCGGAUGCCCAAUCAGACUGUAUAUAUGUACAGAGAGUGGAGGAGAAAUGUCCAGCUUGUACUGCUGUGUACUCAGUGUAAAACUGUCCCUCAGUACAGUAUUGCUGCUUGAGGAAUAUGGGUUGGGAUGUAUUGGUGUUAGCAGCUGAAGGGCCUCUUUUCGUCUCUCAGUAGAGAGAUAGACUGCAGGCCCUUUCCCAGAUCACUCGGAUCCACCCCGGUCAGUGAGACAGUCUUUAUGUAGAAGCCCCUGCUGAGAGCAGAACCGUGAGAAACUGCACACGUGACCAGGGGCCUCCGCGAGGCGGUGUCUGCCUGGGCUGCAGAACCAGGGCUCUGGAAGUGUGCGUGUGUGUGUGUGUGUGUGUGUGUGUGUGUGUGUGAGAGAGAGAGGAAUCUUCACACUCACAGCCUCACCAUGUUGGAAUGGUUAUAUGACAGAUGUGUACUGUGGGUCUGUGAGUGUGUUACAGUGCAGAUGUGUAGCGUGGGUCUGUGAGUGUGUUAUAGUGCAGAUGUGUAGUGUGGGUCUGUGAGUGUGGUUAGUCCUGUAACUGCAGUUACCAGGGAUACGCAUGUGUUCAGCAGGAACAGCAGACAGCAAAAUAAAACUGGUUAAAUUGG